GGGUCAUACGCACAAAACACAACUUCUCUUUCUUUCCUUCUCUCUCUCUCUCUCUCGCCAUUUUCAUCUUCCUUUCCCAACCAUUUAUUAGAUUCCUUCCCACAAGUCUUUUCUUUUUCUUCUUCCAUUGGAUUAUUUUGGGCAGAUGCUCAUGUUCUUAUGAAACAACAACAACCCAUCUAAAACUCCUCUAAUUUCUCUUUAAAUUCCUCUUUUUUCCCAAUAAUUUGCUCAACUUUGUGUGGGUUUUUGAAGAAAUUAAGCCAUUUUUCUUCAGGGUUUUUUAUUUUUAUUUCUGGGGAUCUCUUGAAAUCUUUCUUUUUAAACAACUCUUCCAUACCCAGUUGGAUUUUGUAAUAAUAUUUCUGGGUUUUAAUUUUUUUUUUUUGUGUCUGGAAAACAUGACUUUUCUGUGCAGGGAAUAGUUCAUUUUCUCUAAAAUAUAUUUGGGAACUUUUUUAAUUUAGAAAAAUUUAAGAGAAAAAACAAAUUGUUCAGAGAUGGGAAAGCAAGGACCUUGCUAUCACUGUGGUGUUACAAGCACCCCUCUUUGGCGAAACGGGCCUCCAGAUAAGCCUAUAUUGUGCAAUGCGUGUGGAUCACGAUGGAGAACUAAAGGAUCACUUGUAAACUACACCCCUCUUCAUGCUAGAUCCGAGCCUGAUGAUUUUGAGGACCAUCGAGUUUCAAGAGUGAAAACCAUAUCCAUUAAGAAUAAAGAGGCAAAAUUACUGAAAAGAAAACAGAAUUAUGACAAUGUAGUAGGUGGCAGUGGUAGCAUCAUGCUUGGUGGUGGUGGUUUUGGUGGCGGGCUUGCCCAUGACCACCAUAACCAAGGGUUUCGCAAAGGGUUUGAUGAAGAUACAAGCAAUAGAUCAAGUUCUGGCUCUGCUAUAUCUAACUCUGAUGGCUAUAUGCAGCUUGGCAGCGCAGAUGCUAGUGAUUUGACAGGUCCAGCCCAAUCAUCUGUUGUGUGGGAUACGUUGGUACCUUCAAGGAAGAGGACAUGUGUUAACCGGCUAAAGCAAUCUCCUGUUGAGAAGCUUACCAAAGAUUUACAUACCAUCUUACAUGAACAACAGUCGUAUUUUUCGGGAUCUUCAGAGGAGGAUUUGAUUUUUGAAAGUGACACACCAAUGGUUUCAGUCGAGAUAGGACAUGGGAGUGUACUUAUGCGCCAUCCCAACUCAAUGGCUCGAGAAGAGGAAUCUGAAGCAAGUUCUCUUUCUGUUGAUACAAAAAAUGAGGCUUAUUCACGGUUGACUACCCUUCCUGUAUAUAAUGCCAACAAGGGUGGCAACUUUUCGAGCAGGCGGAUUGACACAUCCAAGAAGCCCAUGAAUCAAGACCAUAUGAACAGGGAUAAUGACGAGAAGUUACAGAUACUCAUGAACCAUAAUUCACCACUGUGCCAUAUAGAUCUUAAAGAUGUUAUCAACUUUGAAGAGUUUGCAAGUCAUAUGACAAAGGAUGAACAACAACAACUACUUAAGUAUUUACCUCUUGUCGACAAUGCUCAACUCUACAAUAGCCUCAAAAGCAUGUUUGAUAGCCCUCAGUUUAUGGAGAACCUAUCCUCCUUCCAGAAACUUCUUGCUGAAGGGGUGUUUGAUCUCUCCUUUCCGGUGGUGAAAAACGAAGGAUGUAGAACAUUGAAGAAGCUUGCUCUUUGUAAUGUGACAAAAUCUGACUGGGUAGAGAAAUAUAAUCUGCUCCAGGAUACAAAAUGUAAAUAUGAUGGCGGAGGGUCUGUAGUUGGUGGAGUACGUAAUGCCAUGACACCUGGCCAUUCAGUAAAGUUAAAGAGAUCGCGUGAUGCGCAAUUUCAAGCCUAUACAGGACCAAAAACAGCAAUGAAAAGCCCUAAGAGAACAUCAAUGAAGACAAACUAUGAGCACAAGGAGGUUACAGACAACGAUGGCCCUGGAUUCAGUCCGAGAAGUCUAUUCGCCUUGCCUCCUGACAAUAGCUCCCUGAUGCUUGAUUCAUUGAGAUAUGCAGAUGAAAGUUGUGAUCAAGAUCUCUUGCUAGACGUGCCUUCAAACAACUCAUUCCCUCAGGCGGAACUUCUCCGGCCAACUUUGAGCUUUCCAGCAGCCCAAGCAAGCACUUGUAGUAGCUCGAUAUAUCAAAACUUUGUUGGGCGCUGACAAACUAGACAGAAUCUCUAGGGGUUAUCUAGGUGACUGUUUUACUAUGAUGAUAAGCUAUCCCAGACCAUUGUAAACUUUGUUGGGGUGUUACAUUUUGCAAAGGACCUUAUGGUUUGGGUUCUUGAAUCCCAAGCAUUAAGUCUGCAAACUAAGGGUUGAUGGUUGCUUUUUUGACUUGUUUAUAGGCAUGGUUGGGUUCUUUUUGUAUUUGCUGACAAAAGAUUGUAAUAUAAAAAGCUCAGAAUUGCAAGAGCUGGUAAUCCAAUCCCUAGAGAUUUUUAAUG